UAUUAUCCUCCCUAUUCGAGUGUCAUUUCGAGUCAUACCACCUUCAGAUGUGCAUGGGAUACUUCCUGGAUUCCCCUUUAACAUCAUUAUUUUGCACUUAUCAUCUGUCUCCAACUUAUUAUGCCACCAGUACGCAACCCUAUCCUUCCGGGUUUCAACCCUGACCCUUCUAUUCUCCGGGUCGGGGAUGAUUAUUAUAUUGCAACGUCAACCUUCGAAUGGUACCCUGGAGUGCAAAUCUUCCAUUCCAAGGACCUGGCAAAUUGGAAUCUACUCCUGCGACCGCUAAAUCGGAAGAGCCAGCUAGAUAUGCGAGGAGAUCCAGACAGUUGCGGCGUAUGGGCACCAUGUUUGACUCACGACGGCGACAAAUUUUGGCUAGUAUACACCGAUGUUAAACGCAAAGAUGGCUCGUUCAAAGAUGCUCACAAUUUCAUCGUGACUGCUCCACAUAUUGAAGGGCCGUGGUCAGACCCUAUUCAUAUCAAUUCUUCCGGUUUUGACCCAUCUUUGUUUCAUGAUGAUGAUGGUCGGAAAUGGUUUCUCAAUAUGUUGUGGGAUCACCGGGCCCGGCCUCGUACUUUUGCUGGAAUUGCACUUCAGGAAUUCGAUCCGAUUUCAGGGAAGCUAAUAGGGCCGCGGACGAACAUAUUCAAAGGUACUGAAUUGGACCUUGUGGAAGGUCCACAUCUGUAUAAGCGCAAUGGGUGGUACUAUCUUUUAACUGCUGAAGGAGGAACUGCAUACGAGCACGCUUGCACUCUUGCCCGGUCUCGACAAAUUUCGGGCCCGUAUGAAGUGCAUCCCCAGAAGCAUAUUCUUACAUCCAAAGAUGCUCCAUUUGCAGCUUUGCAACGCUCUGGUCAUGGUAGUAUUGUUGAAACUGUGGAUAAUAAGACGUAUCUUGUUCAUUUAACAGGGCGUCCUGUGGGUCAGGAUCGCCGUUGUGUACUCGGUCGGGAGACGGCCAUUCAGGAAGGAUACUGGAAAGACGAUUGGUUUUAUGUCAAAGACGGACCAGUUCCCUCAUUAUACACAGACAUUCCAGGUGUAUUCAACGACUCGGAUUUCUGGGCAGAGAAGCGUUAUCAAUUUGAAAAUGGUCUCCAUAAUGAUUUCCAGUGGCUAAGAACCCCCGAAUCGAAUCGGAUCUUCUUUGUCGAAAACGGAAAGCUCGUGCUUAUUGGGCGAGAGUCAGUAGGGUCCUGGUUUGAACAAUCUCUAGUGGCACGGCGACAGACCCAUUUCUCUUAUGAUGCAGAGACCGUGGCCGAUUUUUCGCCGUCCGAUGAACGACAAUUCUCGGGUCUUGUGGCAUACUACUCCCGAUACAAUUUUUUCUAUUUGACUGUUACGGCGCAGUCGGAAGGACAACGGGAGAUAUCCAUCAUGAUUUCUGAGACCUCUUGGCCUGACGGUAACCUGAAACGCCCUUGGCAAGAGCCGAUUCAGAUUCCUAACGAUGGAAAGGUUAGGCUAGCUUUGAGCAUUCGUGGUGGCACGAGCUUGCAGUUCUUCUACGCGCUCGAGGGAGAGAAAUUGCAGAAAGUUGGCUCAAUCUUGGAUGCCUCUACAUUGUCCGACGAGUGUGGAGGACACCAAGCUCAUGGAAGUUUCACUGGCGCAUUUGUCGGCAUAGCAUGUUCCGAUCUUAAUGGUACAGCAAGGCAGGCAACUUUUGACCAUUUUGUGUAUAGACCGGUACACGACCCCGCUGAUCGGUACGAUAUCUAGUUUAUAUAUCUUAUCUGUGCAUAGUGUCGUAUUGUUGUAACUCAAAAGAAGAAAUGUUUUCAGCAGAUUAUUACCAUCG